GUUCUCUUUUGAUUUCAUCAUCUUGUCUUUUAUUUUUUUCAAAAUUCACCUAUGUACAUCUAUAGGACCCUUCUCGUGUUGGUGCGGCAGCCAAUCCUCUCUUAGGCGACAAUCAAUUAGAUACUGUGAUCUCUCGGCGAGAUGGUGGAUCGGGCACGGCAAAGGAUUUGAAUAAAGUCCACGGCAGAGCCACCGCCAUCAAGGGUGAACGAAACUUAUUACAAGCAUAUAAGGAGAUCAGCGCAAUGUGCGAUUCUAUCUCGUUAUCGAAAUUGGUCAGCGAUACAGCCAAACAACUUUAUAAACGAGUCGAAGACGAAAAACUAUUGAGAGGUAAAACCAGUGACGCCAUCAUCGCUGCCUGCAUCUUCAUUGCUUGUCGACAGGAAAAAGUGGGCCGUACGUUCCGUGAAAUUUGUGCAUUGACGAGAGUGCCCAAGAAGGAGAUUGGACGAUGUUACAAGGCUUUGCAGAACAAAUUACAAACCGAUACAGCGGUGAUGAACAGUGAAGAUUUGAUGUCUCGAUUCUGUUCGAAUCUCAACCUUCCUGCGUAUGUGCAAAAAGCCGGUGUCGACCUCGUCAAACGGGCCAAGGAUUUGGGUACUUUGGCUGGCAAAUCGCCCAUUUCCGUCGCGGCAGCCUGCAUUUAUCUCAUCUCAUUCUUAUUUCGAUAUCCAAAAAGUACAAAAGACAUUGCUCAUAUCGCCGGUGUCUCUGAAGUCACCAUCAAGAGUGCAUAUCGUCAAUUGUUUGGGGAACGAACAAAGUUGAUCGACUUGGACUCUCUUAAAGGUAAACCCAACACGGAAGGUCUAACCUUUGACGACCUUCCUUUGCCGUAAAACCAUCUCGAUGUUCCUGUGGGGCCCAUCGUGACAAAUGCUUUCACACAACCCACCUCAAAAAAAAAA